AGCACGGCAACGUCAACUGCGCUUUACGGUUAUUGCCUCGUUUACGUUAACCUCUUUGCUGUACGGCUCCUCCUUUUCUCCUCGUACGAAGAUGGCUGGUGGGACUCUGUACACGUACCCUGAUAACUGGAGGGCAUACAAGCCACUCAUUGCUGCCCAGUAUUCAGGGUUUCCAAUCACUGUUGCCGCUUCUCCGCCAGAAUUUCAGUUUGGAGUGACAAAUAAGACACCAGAAUUCCUCAAAAAAUUUCCUCUUGGCAAGGUCCCAGCGUUUGAGGAUAGUGAAGGUUUUUGCCUGUUUGAAAGUAGUGCCAUUGCUCAUUAUGUGGGAAAUGAUGAACUGCGUGGUACAUCCCGUGUAGAGCAGGCUCAAAUCAUUCAGUGGGUCAGCUUCUCAGACAGCCAUAUUGUACCCCCUGCUAGUGCUUGGGUGUUCCCAACUCUAGGAAUCAUGCAGUACAACAAGCAGGCCACAGAACAAGCCAAGGAGGAGGUGAAAAACGUGCUGGGUGUGUUGGAUGCACAUCUGCUAACACGGACUUUCCUUGUGGGGGAGAGGGUCACGUUGGCUGACAUUGCAGUAGCAUGCUCUCUUCUUUGGCUUUAUAAACAGGUGUUGGAUCCCUCAUUCCGUCAGCCGUUUGGCAAUGUCACAAGAUGGUUUGUGACUUGUGUGAACCAGCCACAGUUCCGUGCCGUGUUAGGAGAGGUGAAGCUGUGUGACAAGAUGGCACAGUUUGAUGCCAAAAAGUUUGCAGAACUUCAACCUAAGAAAGAGACUCCUAAGAAAGAGAAACCAGCAAAGGAGCCUAAGAAAGAAAAGGAAGAGAAAAAGAAGCCUGCCCCUCCUUCAGCUCCCGAGGAAGACCUGGAUGAGUCUGAGCAGGCCUUGGCAGCUGAGCCAAAAUCAAAGGAUCCUUAUGCACACCUCCCAAAAAGCUCCUUCGUUAUGGAUGAAUUUAAGCGGAAAUAUUCCAAUGAAGACACUCUGACCGUGGCUUUGCCUUACUUUUGGGAGCAUUUUGACAAGGAGGGUUGGUCAAUCUGGUACUCAGAAUAUCGAUUCCCUGGAGAGCUCACUCAAACUUUCAUGAGCUGCAACCUCAUAACAGGUAUGUUCCAGCGUCUCGACAAACUGCGUAAAACUGGUUUUGCCAGCGUCAUUCUUUUUGGAAGCAACAAUGACAGUUCUAUAUCUGGGGUAUGGGUUUUCAGGGGCCAAGAUUUAGCAUUUACGCUUUGUGAUGACUGGCAAAUAGACUAUGAAUCUUAUACCUGGAGGAAGCUUGAUCCUGACAGUGAAGAAUGCAAGACCCUUGUGAAGGAAUAUUACUGCUGGGAGGGUGAAUUCAAACAUGUGGGCAAGCCUUUUAACCAGGGCAAGAUCUUUAAGUGAGAACCCAAAGAGAGAAACGGUCGCCUUUUGUCUCUUAACCUUUUAAUUUAACAAAGGCCGCAAAUGGAAAAUAAAUCUUGAGUCAAACAGUG